AUGGAAUUCUCGAAUUUCGAGGGUGCUUCACAGUACGGCCCACAAGAUGAUGAUCUCACAUCAGUCUAUUCAGCCGUACCCAACUCAGUGAUCAAUGGAAGCUCAAACCACAAUCAUCAUCAUCAUGCUCCUUCAACGAUAAAUGGGGAUUUUACCAGUCAGUUCAAUGAUCUGGGGAUAUCAGAUCCUUCAAAUGGGCUGAGAUACGGGGAUGACGAAUUUGAUGAGAGGGAGAGGGAGAUGUUGGGUGCUGGAGUUGAACAUGCUUGCGCUUACUGCGGUAUACAUAAUCCUCAAUGUGUAGUAAAGUGCAUGCACUGCAACAAAUGGUUCUGUAAUUCUCGAGGAAACACCUCCGCAUCACAUAUUGUCAAUCACCUGGUCAAAGCCAAACAUAAGGAAGUAGUAUUGCACAAGGAGAGCGCUUUGGGUGAUACAGUACCAGAAUGCUAUAAUUGUGGAAGUAAAAACGUAUUCAUGUUAGGUUUCAUUCCCGCUAAAAGUGAUACAGUCGUUGUACUUCUCUGUCGACAACCCUGUGCCGCAUUGACCAACUCGAGAGAUAUUAACUGGGAUACCUCUCAAUGGUCAGCUAUCAUCGAUGAUCGACAAUUCUUAUCUUGGUUGGUCAAAAUUCCAUCUGAAGCUGAACAAUUACGAGCGAGACAGAUCUCUUUGGCCCAAAUCGCCAAAUUGGAAGAAUUAUGGAGAGAUAAUCCUGAUGCUAAGUUAGAGGAUGCAGAAGCUCAGUCAGGUGAAGAGGAAAUGCAACCUAUCCUGUUGAGGUACGAGGAUGCUUAUCAGUAUCAAAACAUAUUUGGGCCGUUGGUGAAGAUAGAAGCAGAUUACGAUAAGAGAAUGAAAGAAUCGCAAACCGAGAAUGAUAUUACCAUACGAUGGGAUAUGGGUUUGAACCAAAAGAGAUUAGCAUGGUUCUGUAUGCCAAAAUUGGAAUCAGGAGAAGUCAGAUUGGCUGUAGGAGAUGAGCUGAGAUUGAAAUUCGUCGGUACGACUUCAGCUGGCUGGGAAGGUAUUGGAAGUGUCAUCAAGAUCCCUAACAACGUCUCUGACGAGAUUUGCCUGGAAUUGAGACGAAACGAUGGCGUACCUUCCGAUUGUACCCAUGGCUUCUCGGUGGAUUUUGUCUGGAAAGCUACAAGUUUCGAUAGGAUGCAAGCGGCCAUGAAGACAUUUGCGAUCGACGAGAAGAGUGUCAGCGGAUAUAUCUACCACAAACUCCUCGGACACGAGCUCGAACCUCAAGUGUUACGUACUCAAAUGCCAAAGAGGUUCUCAGCACCCAAUCUACCCGAGCUGAAUCACUCCCAAAUGGCUGCUGUCAAGGCGGUUUUACAAAAACCUCUCAGUUUGAUUCAAGGUCCUCCUGGUACUGGUAAAACAGUCACUUCGGCGUCUAUCGUCUACCACUUAGCCAAGAUGAACCCCGGUCAAGUCUUGGUCUGCGCACCUUCCAACGUAGCUGUCGAUCACUUGUGUGAGAAGAUUCACCAAACUGGUUUGAAGGUAGUCCGACUUGCUGCCAAGUCUCGAGAAGCUCUAGGGUCAAAUGUGGACUUUCUUUCCCUCCACAAUCAAGUAAACAAUGCCGAUACUCAUCCCGAACUUCAGAAACUCAUCCAACUUAGGAACGAUCAAGGUGAAUUGAGUCAGAGCGAUGAAAGGAAAUAUAAGAGUUUGGUCAGAGCCUGCGAGAAGGAUAUUCUAAAUGCGGCGGAUGUUAUUUGUACAACCUGUGUUGGUGCUGGUGAUCAACGAUUAAGUAAAUUCAAGUUCAGGACCGUUUUGAUCGAUGAGGCUACCCAAUCAGCUGAACCAGAAUGUAUGAUCCCUCUCGUCAUGGGAUGUAAACAAGCUGUCCUCGUUGGUGAUCAUCAGCAACUUGGCCCAGUCAUCAUGAACAAGAAAGCUGCCAGGGCUGGUUUAUCUCAAUCUUUAUUCGAAAGACUUGUCAUCUUGGGUAAUCGACCAAUCCGACUUCAAGUUCAAUAUCGAAUGCACCCAUGCUUGUCCGAAUUCCCAUCUAACAUGUUCUACGAAGGUACUUUACAGAAUGGUGUUACUGCUCCCGAGAGGCUCCGUAAGAACGUCGAUUUCCCUUGGCCAGUCAGCGACACACCGAUGUUUUUCCAUCAAAAUCUUGGUACGGAGGAAAUUUCAUCUAGUGGAACGUCCUUCUUAAACAGGACUGAGGCCUCCAAUGUAGAGAAGAUGGUCACCAAAUUCUUCAAGUCGGGUGUACUCCCUUCUCAAAUUGGUGUUAUCACACCCUACGAAGGUCAAAGAUCGUACAUCGCAGCUUAUAUGCAAUUGCAUGGCAGUCUCAAGAAGGAUUUAUACAAAGAGGUGGAAGUCGCCUCUGUUGAUGCUUUCCAAGGUAGAGAGAAGGAUUAUAUCAUUCUAAGUUGUGUUAGAUCAAACGAGCAUCAAGGUAUCGGUUUCCUGAACGAUCCUAGACGAUUGAACGUCGCUUUGACCCGAGCCAAGUAUGGUGUGGUCAUUCUGGGUAAUCCAAAGGUUUUGAGCAAGCACCCCCUUUGGUUAUACCUCCUUACACAUUACAAAGAGAAAUCGUGUUUCGUUGAAGGUCCCUUGAGUAACCUACAACCUAGUAUGAUCCAAUUCUCGAGACCCAAGAAAUCUCUAGCAGCAGCUAUGGAUCCAUUCAAGAGACGAGAGAGUCCUGCUGGAGAAUACAUGGACAAGAAUGUCGGAAGAGUACCUGGUCCAGCUGCUGGCCGAUUCGAUCCAUCAUACUAUCGAACUCACAACACAAUGUCAUUCGUCCCAUCCGACGCUCAAUCAGUCAUCUCCCAAGCCAUCACCAACUCCGCAUUCCCCCUAUUCCCACCUGGCGGAUCUAAACCCAAGACAUAUACGGGUUAUGCAUCCUCAGUGAUUUCUCAACAACCCACCGAUUCAGGAUUAGGUUUACCAUCCAAUGGCAACUCCAAGGGAAACUUGACACCCGGUAUUGGUGGAAUCGGAUAUUCUCAAUUUGAUAGAUUGGGAGGAGGCAAGAGAAGAGGUAGUUUCACGAGCGAGGCUGCCAGUGCGUCGAUGUAUGCCUACGGGUAUAAAGGAGGGGAUGGCGAGGAUGAUACAUUGAGUGUUGCGCCGAGUCAAGCUGGAAUGACAGAAUUUUAG